UGCAAUUGUUAUCAUAAAACGGGAAAUGAGUAGAGACGAUGUUCUUGAAUUACACUUUUAAUAAAAUAUUAAUGAAAAUAAAAAAUUAUAUUUAUAUAACAAGAAUUCAUCAUAAUGAUAAUAAAGGUGUGUAUAAAUUGGUGCUGUUGGAAGUUUAAGUCGUAGUACAAGGAUUCUAACACAAGCCAGUUUAGUUUUAACAACACAGUACGGGAUUUGAGUUUGUGUUUUAAGAAGUUAGAUUGAACCUUAUCAACGAGCAAUGCUGCCCUGGAAUUAAAACACGAAUUUCUUAUCAGGUUUGAAGAUGGAAUUACCAGGGUGCCAAAAACAUCAGAAGCCCUGAAGAAGUUUGAAGGUUUUUAUUACAAAUAUUUCAAGAAAACAUACAAGUUAUCAAAGCAUUAUGGCUGCCACGUGUAUUAUGAAGCAAGUUGAGGAGCGACAUGUUGCAACUGAAAUCACAAGAUGUGUUUGGUCUCCAAAGAUGGAUUUAGUAGCCAUUGCAAAUAUCCAAGGUCAAGUUGCAAUGCACCGACUGUCAUGGCAGCGUGUAUGGGUGAUUAGCUCACCAGGUGAAAAUAUUAAGGUCACAGGACUGGCAUGGCGCCCUGACAGUAAAGUUCUUGCAAUUGGAUAUUCUACAGGUGAAGUGGUUUUAGUGGAUAUAGAAGACAGUAAUCCUGUACACAAACUGAAUGUGAAUGCUGAGGUCACAGCCCUCAACUGGGCAGUACAUGUACCUGAGGAGCCCCCAAAGAAGGAAACAUUAUUUGAGGAUUCAUCAGAGACGUUUCUCCCACCACUUCCCUCACUCUCUAAGACAUAUACAGGAAGUAGUGGAGAGGACCGUGAGGAAGGAUGGCAUGAGGGGUGUCUUCUGCGGGAUCAGACAUCAUUGACUCUCCUCACUGUUGCUACAUCUGCAGCAUCUGUAUACAUCUAUGCCUUUGGACUCUUCCAUUGUGCUACUGUAAAUCUAGGAGAGUCAGUGCCAGGAGCAGGACAAGUCCUAGAUGCUACACCCUCUCAUGAUCUUCAUUUGCUGAGUUGCUUGGUGGAACGAGACCUUGGUGGAGAAAGGGAGGUCGUGCACGUAACAAUUGAGACGAUGAUUCUGGCUUGCCGACAUCAGGAACUUCGUGCUCUUGCUUAUCGUUAUGGUCAGAUCUAUGGGCUCAUGACCUAUGCCUCUCACACACUUACCCUUUUAACUGAAGCUUGGGAAAGUAUUUUAUUGGAAUUGGAUCAUAAGUUAGCAGCUUAUGCCAAUACUGUUCCUGAAGGUGGUGUGUCUGCAGAAUUUCUAGACCUUUUAGUAUUUGGCUUGUCUUCAAGAGAAUUUGAAAUAUUUCUCUCAAACCAGCUCACUGAAAAGGGUUUGAAGAAACUGGGUCACUCAAUAGAACUUAGUUAUUCGAAUAUUCAGAAGUUAGUUUUACGCAAUGUACAAGCAGUGGGACAGGCACUUGUGUAUCAGCUAAGUGCACUAGUUGGAUUAGCACGACACCAUGAUCGGUUUGGAAUGUUGGGUGUUGAAGAAGACAUUGUCACUAAUGCUGUAAGGGAAGCAGGAGCAUUUGUUCUUAAAGCUGUGGAGCUACAGCAAGUAAUUGAUGGUGCAAUGAGCACCUUUAAAGCUUUUCUCCGGUGGUUGUAUGUCGUUGUCCAGCGUGUUCGUGGUGAAGCUGUACCUGACGAGAUGAGCCGCAUGACUCAACAAGAUCUUACCUACAUUACUGAGUUUCUCCACGAUAGUCUCGAGGACACAGAAACGGGACCAGAUGGUGAAAAACGCACAAGAUUUCGCCUGGAACGUGUUGGUCAGUACUUGAAAGAUGCACCUCUCACAUUUGCACCCGAAUCUGACCAUAACCCAUGGGCAAUCUUUCUUGCAGAGCAUCCUGGAGUUGCUGAUCAUUCUCUCAUCUUUCCACACUACCCAGAGCGUUCUCUUUUGCAAGAACACAAAAAUAUUGUAAGUGUCCUGGAUGAUAUGGCAGGACAACCAGCAAAGGUUAUAAGUGGAGCUGUUAACAUUGUUGCUUGGGUUCCAUUUAUGUCUGUAGCACCAAUUGGACCAGUUAGUGUAAGCCAGAUAAGCUGUCCACGUGACAAUGCCAUGUAUACAGUUCUACUUCCGGGCCCCAAACAAGCAGUUCUUUAUUUAGCACGUUGGCCAACAAGUGCUGAACGUCUUGCACAAUCUAGUGCAGGACCAGGACCUGCUCAUCAUGUGGAAGCAGCUCCUUUUGUAUUUUCAAGACUAGAGGGAACACGGGGUUGUUCUAUGGAGCAAGCUACAUCAACUCCACUGCUUCAGUUAAUUGGGGCACAGUUUUACACAGAAGACACAUUGUCGGUGUUGGCACAAGAUCCUGGUGAUCCAAAAGCUUCAUUUUUUAUACAGUUGUGGAUGUUGGCAGCUUGUGGCGAGUUACGGCCUUUGGCCGUGUACGGAGGACGACGCUUAGCUGAAGCUGGCGUCACUCCCCGAGAUGCGGGUACACUGGUAGAUGCUAGUGGAUACCGACGACUUGAGGGUGGCCCACUCUCUUCACUGGCAGUAUCUGGUUCUCGUAAGGUUGCUCUCUUGUUGUCAGAGAAUAGGAGGCGUGUCAGGUUAUUUGAAAUGGAGGUGGAUGAAGAUGAUGAGGAUGAUGAUGAAGAAGAUACAGCUCAACAUGAGUCCAUUAUUAAUGCUUCUGGUGCUUCUGAUGAUCAAGUUGAUAAUUUAUAAAUGAGUGAUUUGGGGAAAAUAAAUCUAAUAGAUG